AUGAACACGUCGUCUCUCUCGCACGCCCUCGGCUCCCUCAACGACCCGCCGCGCAACCGCACCGAGCCGUCGGUCCCGCCACCCGCACCUUCGCCCGAGCCGCUCAUCGUGGUCCUCACCCACAACGAGACGCUCCUUUACCGGCCCAAGAGGACGGCUCGCGGCAGCGUCAGCCCUAUCGUCCGCCCCUACCUCAGCACACUCCUGUCGUACCUCUUCCGCCGCCACUCGGCCGACGGUAACGCCGGCGUCGAUCGCGGGCGCGAGGUCCAGGUCGUCGUCUACUCGGCGGCCCGGGCGCACAACGUGCUCACCUUCUUUCGCGCCAUCGACCUCGUCUCGUCGAGGGCAUCGACUGGCCCUGACGGCGCCUACCGCCCAAGGGUCGACCAAGGCGACAUCCUCAAGCUCGCCUUCACGCGCGAGACGAUGGGCCUGCGCGACGAGGACUAUCGCCAAGACGUCGUCACGGUCAAGGACCUCGCCGGCGUGUGGCGCGAGCUGGGCAUCUCGCCUGAGCAGGGAGCCAGAAGUACGAUCCUCCUCGAGGAAGACGAGCGUGCCGCUGCCGUCCAGCCGCACUCGCGCGUGCCCAUCUCGUCCUUCACCGUCGCCGACCCGUCCAUCACGAUCCGCCGCCGCACCGUGCAGGUCACGGAGCUGCCCUCGUCGGCGCCUGACGACACGGCUCUCCUCCAGACCAUCCACCUCCUCGAGCUCCUGCGCAACGAGUCGAACGUCGCCGGUGCGCUCAAGAGUGGGCUCGUGCGCCGCGCCGAGGACGACGCGAAGCUCCUUGUCCGCGAGCGCGAGCACCUCGGCGAGCGGGACACGGUGUCGGUCAAGGAGAUGCAGAGCGAGCUCGCCAGGUUGGGCCGCCAGGCGUGCGCCAAGUACGGCGUGGAGGUGCGCAAGGAGUGGGACGACGGGUGGAGGGUCAAGGCGCGCAAGUGA